GUUGUGGUUGGACUCUUCCAACUAGGCUUGCUGUUAUUAUUGGGGGAAGAUUGCAGCUGAGCUGUGUUGGUAGAACCGUUUUCAUGUACCUAGAUUUACAAAUCAAACAGAAGUGUGGAUUAAGUUUUUGUCAACGGAUAGAUAUUCAAAUGCUUGUUUUAAUUAGUUCACAUCGCCACUGUCAGUUUUCACGUCGAAGAACAUUUUGCACAACACAAGCGUUAGUGAUAUCUUGGCCUGAAACUCGGGGCCUUGGACUCAAGUAAAGUUCGAAGCGGACUCUAAACUUCUGCUUUCUCAAAGACCGCUAUCCGCGGGGCCGGGGCUCUUGUCGCUGGCCCUGUGGAUGAGGAAGUAAAGAUACAGAAUCCACCCAGAUUUUACAGGAGAAAGGAACCCCUUUGAUGGGAGAAUCCUCUAUCCUGGACUCCUGGGUGAAUCAACGUGUCAAAAUGAAUGAACAGGAGGCGCUGAACUCUAUAAUGCAGGACCUGGCCGAACUGCACCGCUCUAGCCGCCCUGCCAUGACCAUAUCUGACCUGGGAAAACCCAAGGCCUCUUCACCCAAAAAUCAGAACGAUGUGCGAGUGAAGUUUGAGUUCAAAGGGGAGAAGAGGAUCUUGCAGUUCUUUCGCCCAGUCAGGCUGGAUGACCUGGGGAACAAAGCCAAAGUGGCCUUCGGACAGGCCAUGGACCUGCAUUACACCAACAAUGAGCUGGUGAUUCCUCUGACCACUCAGGAUGACCUGGACAAGGCCGUGGAGCUGCUGGAUCGCAGCGUCCACAUGAAGAGCCUGAAGAUCCUCCUGGUGCUCCAGGCCUCCUCUCAGACCUCCACGUCCAGCAUGGACCUGCUGCCCCCACACGAAGACCUGGACAACACCCGCUUCAGGGCCACAGACAAUAAAAGCAUGCUGGCUUUGAUAGGGUCCCACUCCGGGGACCGCAGCUCUCCCCCUCCAGGCUACAUUCCUGAUGCCCUCCAGCAGGUGGCCAGAAACGGCUCCUUCACCAGCAUUAACAGCGAGGGAGAGUUCAUUCCAGAAAGCAUGGACCAGAUGCUGGACCCUCUGUCAAUGAGCAGUCCAGAGAACUCUGCAUCGGGGAGUUGUCCCUCACUGGACAGCCCACUGGACAGUGAUAACUAUCCUAAGUCACGUAUGCCCCGGGCACAGAGCUACCCAGACAACCACCAAGUUUACCCAGAGUAUGAUAUCCCAGUGUUUGAGAAGUCGGGGAAAGGGGGCACUUACCCACGGCGAUACCACAUUUCCUUUGGCCUUCAGGACUACAGUGAUGGGCGUAAGACGUUCCCUCGAGCGCGGCGGACCCAGGUCCACGGUUUCCAUUCCCCGGUCAGUUUCAGCCCCACCGAGCAGUCUCCCAGCACCAGCAGUGGCAGCAGCAUAUUCACCCCAGACCUGGAGGAGCCCGGGGGUCGCAGACGCAGGGGCAGCGACAUCGAGCCCAACCCCACCCUCUCCGUUAUGGACAUCAGCCCACCCAGCCGCUCUCCACGUGCCCCUACUAACUGGCGGCUAGGUAAGCUGCUGGGUCAGGGUGCGUUUGGCCGGGUCUUCCUGUGCUACGAUGCAGACACUGGCAGAGAGCUGGCUGUUAAACAGGUCCAGUUUGACCCAGAGAGUCCCGAGACCAGCAAGGAGGUAAGUGCCCUGGAGUGUGAGAUCCAGUUACUGAAGAACUUGUGCCAUGAACGGAUCGUCCAGUACUACGGCUGUCUCCGAGACUCCAACGAGAGAACUCUGUCCAUCUUUAUGGAGUACAUGCCCGGGGGCUCCAUCAAAGACCAGCUGAAGUCGUACGGGGCCUUGACGGAAAACGUGACGCGUCGAUACACCCGUCAGAUCCUGGAGGGAGUGUCCUACCUACACAGCAACAUGAUCGUCCACAGAGACAUCAAAGGGGCCAACAUUCUGCGGGACUCUGUGGGAAACGUGAAGCUGGGGGACUUUGGGGCGAGCAGGCGGCUACAGACCAUCUGUCUGUCAGGAACAGGGAUCAAGUCAGUGACUGGUACUCCCUACUGGAUGAGCCCAGAGGUGAUCAGUGGAGAGGGCUAUGGCAGGAAGGCUGAUAUCUGGAGUGUGGGUUGCACAGUGGUGGAGAUGCUGACCCAGCGGCCCCCCUGGGCCGAGUUCGAGGCCAUGGCGGCCAUCUUUAAGAUCGCCACCCAGCCCACCAACCCCUCGCUGCCCGUCCACGUCUCCGAUCACGGCCGCGACUUCCUUAAGCGCAUCUUCGUGGAGACCAAGCUGAGGCCCUCGGCCGACGACCUUCUGAGGCACUUCUUUGUUCACUAGCCCCUUCCCCCUGACCCCUGAACUGCCAGAGAUGGCCUUAGAUGAUUCGCUGUCCCUGCCUUUGACUCCGCCCUCCCAGCUCCAGACAGAAAGCCCCCAUUGGACCAGAGAGGACUUGGUGGGAGGUAUCCAUCUGGUGAUUGGAUGAGGUGGGUAGAGAUGGGGACUACAACUCCUGCGUCUCUGUUUUUAGGAGACUGGCAAGGAGGAAUUAAUGAAUGAACUCAUUUAGAGAAAGAAAGUUGCACCUUAAUUUCAGAAAUAGGGUAAGUUUCCCAACCAAGAUGACAAAAUAACCUUUUUUUGAAAAUGUUUUUAUGAUUAAUAUCUCCUGCUUUUGAUUGUGGAGUGGGACUCAGUCACGCCGUGCUUAGCUCACUGAGUCAACGUCGGCGUUUCUGAUCUGGACCUUAGUGGAGAUUUGAGGUGACGAUCAUGAUAAUCUGGGCCACGUUUAGUAGGCAAGCGUUGUGGAACGUUGCAGAUAGAAAUGGCAUGACUAGAGCCGAAACGAUUCCUUACUCUACACGUCUUAGAGGCAGGUUUGUUCUACACGCUAUAUCGAUCUGAACAUUGCACAACGUCGUGUCCUGCUGAACGCACCCCUGGCGGUUAGUGUGGUCCUGACUCGACCCAGAAUGUACAGCUGAAAACCCAUAGCACGCUGCUAUCGAAUCCACAACCAGAACACCGGAUGAGAACACUCCUAACCCCCCCCCCCCCCCACCCCCCCACACACACACACACACACACACACUUGUCUUCUUGUUACACUGCUGCCUAUGCUGCUCCCCCCCCCCACUUGCACAUUCACAGUCCAUGUAGAACAUCCAGAACUCAACGGUUCUUCUUACUUAUACUGUAGACAUUUUAUGAUGGAAAAAAAUAAUUUUGUUGCUAGGAUCCCUCGCUUUACUUCAGUCUGUCCUGGACUAUUGUGAGUUGUGUCUGUCUUGUCUGCUGUGUCAGUCACGUCGCCUGUCUGUCAGGGUCUGUUGUCAAAUCCCCUUCCAGUCUUUGUUCUUUGCCGUGUGCCUUUUUAUCCGUGUAGGAACAUGUCUUUGGUUGAAACGUUUUCGCUAAGCAUCAGACAGGUACCAGCCUAUUUACGGUUCGGAUCAUAUCCAAGUGUUUAUAUCAGUGUGGUUCAGCCAGUGGUGCGCCGAAUUGGUCUGCUCUCUCUGACCUGCCUUUUUUCUCUCUGUAUCAGACUGGUGUUAGAUCAGUUUUGGUACUGUUCUCUGCCUUCUCCUCACCAGGGGUCCUAGGUCUCUUACUGACCCCAGAUCAGAUACAAUCGAGACACACCAAAGCAGAAACCUAGAGUGCUCAUCAUAAUGGGUUUGGUGCUUCAGUUCUUAACAGAAAUACAUCGGAGCUCUGUGAUUGGCCGUGUUGUACUGAUGCCAGUUGAUUGCUCAAAGUUUAGGCAGGCCUUAGUUGAUUGGUAAAAUGUACAUUAUGGUGUUUUAAAACAGGAAGAGUGGAGAACCGCUAGCCAAUUAGGAUGCUUGUUACUCAGUUGUAGGCAUACUGUAUGUUAUUAUCAGGUACUACUUUGUGCUGAAGCACUCUCUACGUUAGACAGUUUACACCUUGACUAAGAUACUACUGCACUGAACAGUACUCAGCAAAAAGCUCUGCAAUUAUGCCAAUAUCAAUAUGCGACAGUGCUGGAGAAUACUUAGUUAUACUCCACAGUGUUGGACACCAUCUGGUACCAUUGUGCCCUCUUGCCCUACUAUGCCUUGGGAAAGAAAGUACUGGUAUGUUGUGUCGUGUCUCCUCUCAAACACUCCUUUGGCACAGACACAGACACCCACACACACACACACCAGAGCAGUUUUCAGUAUUCAGUUUCAGUUGGGGAUGGGCUCGAGUCCUCGACUCUAGAUUUGCAUUGGAAAUUUGCAAAUGCAACUAUUUAGCAGGUUCAAAUGGCAUUUCAAACUUUAAGAUGUGUUUUGUUUGGAGUGUGUCAAGUGCACUGAAAAUAUAGCAUAAAAAAUUUAAUUGAAGCAAUCGAUAACAUACUGCAAACUUGUUUUGCCUUCAGCCCUGUUUUGUGCUUGAAUGCCAGUACACAAAAUGAUUUGCAUGAGAGUACUCAGACAUUUUUUUUCAAUGUCCAUCCCUAGUUUCAGUGCUGUACUCAGCCACACCUCAACAUUACUAACAAGUAGACUUAUCUAAAAUCACAGCAGUGCUAACUGUUUUGUGCUGCCAGGUACAGAGAAUGUCAGAUAUAUUUGACCCAUAUUUUCUAGAUGCAGUAGGAUAGGUGUUUUUUAAUUUAAUGAUGGAAGUGGCUGUCUAUUUGACUCCAGGGGGUGUUGUCAUUGCCUGUAAGCUAACCCAUAGGUACUCAAGGUAUGGAAACACAAGCUCUUUUGUGUGAGGGGUUCGGGAAACCUACUGAUCAACUAGCCUGAAAUAUGAUGGAGUAUAUCUCCCAUCGCCUAGGCACUUUCUCCCUUUAACCACAAGUUACUAAAUCCGGUGUUUCUCGCGCGCUGAAGGAAUGCUGGUUAAGAAAAAUAAUGGUUAUUGACUCCACUAUUCUGGACUCUGUUUUCUUUUAGUCUGAGAAGCAAAAUGGCGACCCGUGUGUGUUAUCAUCAGCUAAGCUGGUCCCCAAGAAGUUAGACCCCUUCCUUACCCCCCUGCAUUGCGUUGCCUGUAAAAAUGAAACUGGACAUUUCCAUUGGCACUGGGACUCGCUGAGAUCAACUCUCAACAGAAAUGAUAACGCCAUAUGCACUAUUUAAAACCGGUACAUAAUGUGUUCUCUACCGCUCGCUUCUUCAAGGUUACUCAUUGGAUGAUGGACUUCUACUCUGUUGAGCAUAGUCUGUCUUGUGUUUCUGUUAGCGAUGACCUUUUUUGCACAUUUUUGAGACUAUACAGAUUUUUUACACUGAUUGUAAUACUUUUGCUUCUGUGUGUGUGUGUGUGUGUGUGUGUGUGUGUGUGUGUGUGUGUGUGUGUGUGUGUGUGUGUGUGUGUGUGUGUGUGUGUGCGCGUGUGUGUUGUAUGUGAUUGACUCAGUGUGGUUGUGUUGCACAAGGAUCUUACAGUCAGGAAUGUAAUGUUUCAUUCUCACCACCAGGUGGCCUCAUUCACCAUUGUGGAUUAAAACUCCCCUGUUGAAAUGAGAAGUCAAGUCUAUUCUAACUCUUAACACAGACUGGGUGGCUGUCCUCCAGUUGGUUUAAUUACACCUCCCCACUUAGAGGGACUGUUAGUUAGUGAUGGUAGACGAGGCCUGAAUCCCAAACCAAUCAAUCCCUUGCCCCUGCUCCCUACUUGUGUAGAUCAGAGAGGAUUGGACAGGUGGGUUUGGGAUUCGGGCAAGACUAUUAAAGUAAUAGGAAGUGAACUGAAAUACGGUAUGAUAAGUCACCACAUGGUAUUCCCCUGCUUCUUGAAAACCAACAAGAUACAGACGAACUAUGCCAAUAUGGUACAAUAUGUGCUUUUUAUAAGCCACUGCUGCCACUCCAAGGUGCUGUAAGCACUUCUCUCGUGUGUGUGUGUGUGACUGUGUGCGUGGCUGUGUGUGUACUGCAAUUUGUGCUCAAAGGACACUGGGGGCACCCAAAAUGCCUUGCGCAUUCAGACUGUAAAAAAAAAAAAAGAUAUAAUUGAAGAAGAAAAAAAUAUGUACAAAUGUAUACAUUUGAAAAAUGUACCCCUUUUAAAAAGAAAGAUUACACUUAUAUCCCUCACAUUUGUUUUCUGUGUAUUGUAAAAGAAGCCAUGUUUAUAAUUCUAUUUGGUUUGUGACCAAUAAGCCUGUUUAUAUCAGAACUGUAUAUCAGUGGUAUGCAUAAUUUUUUAAUAUAUAUUUUUAAUUUUUAAAUGGGAGAUUUUAUGCAUGGUUGGAUCCUGAGAGAGGUACAAUGGUGGCAAGAGGCCCAUUGGUUUUAGCCUGAGUGCCAGUCUGUUUGUGCCAGCCAUCAUGCUAAUUCCAUGUCACUCAUUGUUAGGCUUGUCAAAUGACAGCAAUGGAGUAAACAAGAAUAGAUCUGGGACCAGGCUAAGGCCCAUUGGCUCCUCUAAAUUAAUGCUGAAGAGAGGAGACCUCUUGAUGGAAAAAGGGUCAGGAGACUGUCAGUCUGUUGGCACUUUGAUGUGUUAAUAAUUAUGACAAUGAAAAUAAUAAAAUCUAUUUAUUUCA